AUGCGCUUGAUUUAUCUCCGUCGAACAAUAGCACUAGCCAUCGCUGCGUUUCUUGCAUGCCCCGAGGCAGCCACGAUGGAGGCCAUUGCUACGGAAUCGCAAGGUCAUCAACACGUAAGACAAGUGACAGCGAGUCAAGAUGGUAGCCGAUCUGAUGAAAGGUACUCAAUUUCAGCGAUUAUUCAAAAGAUUAGAAGCGCCGCAUUGAAGACCCUCAGCAAGGAUGACUUUAAGAAGCGUAAUCCAGUGGGCUAUUAUACGAAAAAGUUCGAAGAGCAAAUCCUCCGCAAUUUGAAUACACGCAAGGAGUUGUUCACGAGUGGAGCAUUCAAAAAGUGGAAAUCUUCGAUUGAAAAUUUCUAUAUGAAUAGAAAAGGUGUCGUACCGUUAGAGACGGGCGUAUCCUCACAGGACCAAGCUUAUGACCUUAUGUUCAUAAUCCUGUUUGAAAAACUUAAACCGAAAGAAUUUGUCGCUCAGCUCGAACACGUUGCGCAAAAUUACAACCUCAAUAUUUUCGUAACCAGCCAAGUCCGUCGACUGAUCGAUAAAUGGUUUGUUGAAGCUAAAUCUGCGAUCGAUUUUAAGUCUAUUGAUUCUCUAAUCGAAGCUCUCAAAAAGAGUAUCACUCCGAGUAAUGAGCUGAGUAUCGCAGCGGGUAUGCUCCACAAGAGUAGUCCAUUAGGAGAUAGAGCUGUUUGGAGCUUUCUCAGGGAAUUUACCGAUAGAGGUGUUUCUCAAGAUCUCGGCAAGAAAAUUUUAUCGGAAGUUAUGGAGGGUAAUAUGUACGUAGCUAAAAGUCGAGAACAACUACUGCGUGAUUUAGAUUCGAAGAAAUUCCGUCAGUCAGCUAUAGAAACGCGCAGAAUAAGUUCUAGAAGUGUCUGGAAUCAUCUUUAA